AUGGAGACAACGACGCUGCGCAAGAGGCCCCUAGCUGCGCGGGGGGCCCCUGGGGGGCCCCCAGGGGGGGACCCGGGGGGGGGCCCCGGGGGGGCCCCCAAGAAACGUGGGUGCCUUCGUCGCGGCAGAGCGGCCGAGGGGGGCCCAGAGGAAGAGCAGCAGACAGCUGAAGAAGCAGAAGCUGCUGCAGCAGCAAGUGCUGCUGUUGCUGCUGCUGCUGUUGCUGCUGCUGCUUCAUCGCCAGCAGCAACGCCAUCCUCAGAAGCAGCAGCAGAAGAAACACCAGCAACAGCAACAGCAGCAGCAGCAGCAACAGCAGCACCUGCUGCAGCAGCAGCAGUUGUUGCUGGGGCCGCGUGUUCAGAGGGGGCAAAGGCCCCUAUUGCUGCUGUUUCUCCUCUCUCAGCAGGCGGAGCUGCAUGCGGUGCUGUGUCUGGUGGGGGGUGUUUAUUGGGUGGGGUUGUGGUUGGUGACCUCGACAUGCUGCUGAAGGAGACACAGCAGCGGGCCGCGCAGCUGUCUCUCCCCCCCCGCAUGCAGCGGCUCAUCGAUACACCCCAAUUCCUCCUCCGCCUGUCUCUGUUUCAGCUGUCUAUACAGCAGAGCGGCUGCUGCACUAUCCCCUCUAUCAGUAAAACCAUCGCAGACGUAGAAAAAACACCGAAUGGACCCGAUAGAAAGACAGUUCAUAGGAUGGCGGAGGUGGCGAUGCAGCUGGAGCCGCGUAUUCGCCGGGGUCGUGUUGCUGCUUCAAGGAGUGCAGCAGCAGCAGCAGCAGCAGAGGGGACAUCUGCUGCAGCAGAUAUAACGUUUUUCUACUGGGCGGAGACACUCGAUGAGGAGACAGCAGAGCAGCGCGUCGCGGCGCUUAUUACCCAGCGGCGAGCCCACGGCUGUCGCGAGGCUAUUAGGCGCAACCAACUGCUGCUCGAGGGAAAGCUCAAGGAGGCGGGUGAAGAGCUUCGGCUGUCUGCUUCUCCUUCUCCUCCCCUGGGGGCCCCCCAGCACCCCCUGGGUACCCCCUGGGGGGCCCCCACCCCGCCAACCCAGCAGCAAGUAUCUGACGAGUCUCCUCCGGGUGCUCUACAACCAGGGGGGCCCCCCGAGGGUACUCCUCAACCUGGGGGGGCCCCCCAGGGGCCCCCGCAAGUGGGGCCCCCAGCGGGGGCCCCAGGGGGGGCCCCCGGGGGGGCCCCCCUGGGGGCCCCAGGGCAGUCCCUUGUUGGCAAGCAGCUGAAGGGACUGGAGAGAGAGAUAUCACGGCUAACACAGCUCGAGAGCCGCACAGCCAGCAGCAGCGUCACGCAGCCGGGGCCCCCCACGACAGCAGCGUCGCUGCUUAUGGUUGAGAAGGUAAGGAGGAAAGCAGCAGCAGCAGCAGCAGCAGCAGCAGCAGCAGCAGCAGCAGCAGCAGGAAUAGCAAUAGAUUAA